UGGUGACUUCCCCAAAUAGAAGACACAAUCUAAUCUAUCAAGCGGUGAAUUAAUGUAACCGUGCCAUUGUUUCGCCGCUAAAGCCAAACGCAAACUCAAAUAAAAUAUUUAUUUUAAUUAUACAUAUAAAUCAGAGACUUUGUUCCUCUUAUAUUGAAGAAAUUCAUUUAUCUCACAAAUGAAUGAAGUGUGGAGAUUCAUAAUGUUCUGCCGCAUGGUGCUUGUAAUUGGGGUGAUGGUGUCUUUCUCUUUGAGCAUGAAACAGGGUCAGUGUUUGACUCUCAACACCCAAGGGUUGGCACUUUUAAAGAUGAAGGAGAGGGUGGUGAGAGAUUCAUUGGGAGCUUUAAUGAAAUGGAAAUGGAAUGGUGAAGAAGGAGUCAAUGUGGCCUUGCACAUUGGCCAACAAGGGGAUCAUAUACAAUACAUGAGAAAACUUCUACAAUCAGUAAAUUCUGCUAACUCACACAAAACCAAAAAGGGUGAUGAAAAAAACAAUCUUUCAUCAACACCACCAUCUUCAUCACCAUUUUCUAAACAUGUUUCACCAUCAAUAAGUCCUUCAAAUUCACCAUCACCAUCAUUUUUGAUUCCAUCACCAUUAAGUUCACCAGAAGUUUCACCUUCACCUGUGGUAGCACCAAUUCAACACUUAACACUCAUAUCAGAUCCACCUACAGAUGUAUCCACACCACAACAAUCUAAUUGGAUUUCAGCACCUUCCCCUGCAACAUCUUCAAACCAAGAUAAUUCAAACACUUCAAAAAACCAAAAGCAACAUUCUGUGAUUGUAUGGUCAACAGUUGGAGGCUUCUCCUUGUUGGUUUUGGUGUCAUUCACUGUUUUUAUUUGCUUCAGAAGUAGUAAGGUUGUAACUGUGAAACCUUGGGCUACAGGGUUGAGUGGCCAGCUCAGAAAAGCAUUUGUAACAGGUAUUCCAAGUCUUAAAAGAGGUGAACUUGUAGUGGCUUGUGAAGAUUUCAGCAACAUUAUUGGUUCUCUUCAAGAUGAAACUAUCUAUAAGGGAACUCUUUCUAGUGGAGUUGAGAUAGCUGUAGUAUCUUCUGCAGUAACUUCAUCCAAAGAUUGGUCAAAAAAUAUGCAAACUCAGUUCAGAAAAAAGAUUGAGAUGUUGUCAAGGAUAAACCACAAGAAUUUUGUUAAUCUUAUUGGCUAUUGUGAAGAGAAUAAGCCAUUCACAAGGAUGAUGGUUUUUGAGUAUGCUCCUAAUGGGACAUUGUAUGAGCAUCUACAUAUUAGAGAAACAGAAAAACUGGAUUGGGGAAUGAGAAAGAGGAUAGCUAUGGGAAUAUCCUACUGUCUAGAGUACAUGCAUCAGCUAACACCACCCAUUGCUCAGAGAAACCUCCUAUCUUCCUCUAUAUACCUAACCGAAGAUUACGCUGCUAAAGUAUCCGACCUAGGUUUCUGGAGGGACAUAGUUGAUAUAAAGAAGGGUUCUGAUAUCAACUACGUCACUCCAGAAACCAAGGACAAUGUCUAUAGUUUUGGUGUAAUAUUGUUUGAAUUGAUAACAGGGAAAAUUCCUUUUGCUGUGGAUAAUGGCUUUCUUACAGAUUGGGCUGCAGAAUAUAUAAGAGGACAACCUUUGAGAGAUUUGUUGGAUACAAGCUUGAUGAACUGUUUGAAAGAAGAUGAAGUUGAGAAAUGGUCAGAAGUGAUUAAUGAUUGUGUAAAUCCUGAUCAUGAAAAAAGGCCAUCAAUGAAAGAGGUUACAAAAAAGUUGAAGGAAAUCACUUCUAUGGAGCCUGAUGGAGCAACUCCAAAAUCAUCACCUCUUUGGUGGGCAGAAAUUGAAAUUAUGUCCUCAGACUUAUGAGACAUUAAUUCAUAGCUCCUAAAUAAAUAAAAAAGGAAAAUAAUAUGAACAAGACUUCUGAAUAUGGAGUUUUGUGUCAUUUAUUUAAUUUUUUUCCUUCUUAUUUUGUAAUAAUUAUUUUUAGAUUCUUGUUUUGAAGAUAACUAAAGUACUGAAGUAAGGUGUGUAUAGAAGAGACAGAUUUUGUCUCAGUAGAGUAAUUGAUUUUUGUAAAUAUUUUGAUGAAUGGAGAGUGCUUACUAUAUAUUA